AUGUAUAAUAAUGUUAGACUAUACAAACAAAGGUGUUUCGAAGAAGGUACUGAUCGGGUAACACGAGAAGAUUUGUUGAAAAUGAGGGGUACGGAGCAACUUAGAAACCGUUGGAGAAGGAUUAAUGCUUCAUGUUCUAAAUUUUGUGGCUCACAUGCUCAUGCUGAAUCAAAAAAGGGAAGUGGUAUGAAUGAUGAAGAUGUUAUGAAAUUAGCAUAUAGUAUAUAUGCUAACGACAAAACAAAGUCUUCAUUAUGCUCUAAAACCUUUCAAGACAAGCAUGUUUGGGACAUCUUAAAACAACAUGAAGCAUGGAAACCAAGUGAAGAUGUUGUUAAAAAAUGCAAGGAAAAGACAUCCACUCAAGGAAGUGACUCAAAGAGAUCUCGUAUCAAUGAAGCUGGAAACUACUCCUCUUCAUCAAACCCAGAAACACCAACCAGUGGUGAUAUUGGGUAUUCAGGCUUUCCUUCUAGCAACGAAUCUAGUAAAAAUAAAGGAAAGAGCAAGGUGCCAAACAUGCCAAGUGGAGCAUGGCAACAAUGGUUGGACACUGCCCAGAACAUGAACCUUAUAAGGCAAUCAGAAAAUGAAGUUGAACUUACAAGGUUGCAACUAGAAAGGGAGAAAGAAGCAAGGAAGCAAAGAAAAAUUAAUAUGGAGUUAUUUAAACACCUCGAUUCAAAGCCAAACUUAUCUUCGGAAGAUCAAGAAUUAAGGAGCACUUUGUUGAAGAAGUUGUUCCCCUCAGACUAA